AUGGACUCAAAGGAGGGCAAGACUCCAGGUGAUUUGGACCGCCGGGCGUCAACGAGGAGCUCGGUUCGAUACUCGGUCUCUGUCAGCAACAAUGAACUCGACGAGGACUAUGAUGCCCUCGCCGCUAACGGCCUGGUCGCUGACGGCUUUCACCCGCCUCAGACGCCCUCUCAGCAUCUCCAGGACAGUGGUGACUCGACGCCAUCCCGACCCCCCUCGAGUCCUGCGACGACGACAUCAACAUCGACGACGACAGGUACCCUCGUGGGCGAGGACAGCCUGGACCGGAAUCGCCCGUCUAGUGUCUCGAAGCAUAGGCCACGCAUGUCAUCAUUAUCAACAACUCACGAACAGGACGAGUAUCAGCAACGACUGUCCCGCCACGCGUCUGUCUCGACAGAUUCGACUUCUCGCAUGGUCCUGCCCAUCGACAGCCCGUAUCAAGGGCCCGUUCGUCCGUCGCAUCCCUAUCAGAUGUACCCGCAGACGGUAAGGGGACCUAGGUCGAUGAGCAUGACGACGACAUCAUCUUCUAUCCCGCCUGCAGUAAUCGAAACCCCAUAUACCGGCCCGCGAGGACCAAGCCAUCCAUACAGUUUGUACCCCCAAGGGACAGGUAUCGACCUGAUGGUUGCGCCCAAUGCAGCCAUCCCGAUCGGGUUCCACGGCCUACCGGAUCAGUAUCAUCGCCGGAUAGGCCCAGACGGUGAUGACUUGGGGGAUAUCAUUGGACCAGAUGGCCACACUGAGCAAUUACCGCCAUACACGCGGUAUCCUGAGGAAGUUUAUUUGAGGAAAGGUCCUUUGCCGGACGAGGAACCACCCGGUCCGGAGGUAGUUUGUGGACCUCCUCCCCUUCCCCCACCGCCACCGUUACUAUCCGGGGCGACGGUUUUGCCCACAGGCGCGAUGAAUGCGCCCCAAGUACCGAGGUCAGGAACACCUGUUAUACCGGGGGCUGGUGGGAUCGGAUUAGCGACGCGUAAUCCGGAGUUUGAGUCAACAGAUGAUGAUUUGGGGUCGCCAAGGUCACGGCAUUCGUCGAGGAGUUUUGGAUCGGAUGAGAGCCAUGGACGGUUUAGGGCGAAUGAUGAGAGUGAGAGGUUGAAUGAGAAGACGGGGGAGACGCGGCCACAGAGGUGGCUGAAGAGGAAGAUGUGCGGGGUUAUUCCGUACUGGGCGAUUUGCCUGACGGUGUUGAUUCUCGUGGUUAUGGCUGUGGUGAUGAGUACUGUGAUGGGGAUAUUCUUGACAAGGGAGAAGAAGAGGGGAUUGAAGAAUAAGCAGCCGCAAUGGGAUCCGAACUUCGACGCCAUCCCCAUCGCACCUCCUCCUGACCUGCAGCCCCUGCCGCUUGGCACCUACAGCAUGCCGCUUAUCAACACACGCUCAUCUAACACCUGUUUCCAGAACACGACGCUCGCCCAGGCCUGGAAUUGCCGGUUGAUCAUGGUCGGCCUACAGCUGACUAUUUCUAAGGAGGGCGACGACUACAAGGCAUCGCUCGACUGCAACCAUAGUUAUACCAUUAUGAACCACGUCUACGCCUACGGCGAGCAGCCGCCACUGAUCCAGGAGCCCGUCAAGUUACAGCUGGUCAAGGACAAGUUCGAGAUGAACCGCGGCCCGGCCUGGUUCAAAAUAUUGUCAUACAACAAGACUGUUAUCUUGCCGGAGAAUUGGCUGCUGAAUCCUAUGUCUGGCGGGACGGAUGAGUUUGUCGAGAAGCGGUCCCUGGUGGGUGUUGAAAAACGCUAUCUGGGCGGUGGCGGCGGAGGCUUUGACCCCCCCUUUGGCGACCUCAACAAGCGUAAGGGCGUCGCACAAGCUGGCGACCGUCCCUGGAUCUGCACCUGGCCAGAGACGUAUCUCGAGCUUUUCAUCUACGCUCAGCAAAACUCCAGCACGCCAUCCUGGAGCAAGCCCUUCUCGGGGUCCAUAUCCGGGCCACGGUUUCCCACCGGCACCGUGCCCCCGUUCGAGCAGACGCCCAGCGUGACGACAAUGACCGUCACCACCACGGCAGAUAUCGGUUUCGAGACCGAAGCAAGCAGUGAUGUCCUCCCAGAAACCGAACACCAACAAGAGCAACAAACCCCUCCUCCCUUCAACAACUCGCCUACGCCAACCUCCACCCCAGAACAGAGCACCUUCCACCCAAACAAGAACGACAGGCCCGAAAAUAACGAUAACAACAACUCCCCGCCCCCAAACAAUCCUCGUCGUAAUCGCCCUCGUGGCAUGGGUGCCUACCAACACGACAUGACUACCACUACCACGGCUACGACUAGCCCCGACACGACACCCCCUCCCACAAUCCUCCCGACCGACUUCCCCGAAGAAGACCGCCCCGGCUUUGGCUUCGACUUCGACCGCGAUAGCUUCAUCCCACCACCUCCCCCUUACCCACGCGUAAUCAAGCUCGCAGAACGCCGCGUCUCGACACAGGGUGCCCCACGAGCAAGGUGUACCCAAGUUGCGAUAAUGGGACCUCGGCAAAAAGCCGAGCCGGUACGCGAUCAUAAGGGGAGCGAGGUGGUCAUUGAGGUAAUGGAGACGGAGACGUUCUUUGGUUUUGGGGGCGGUGAUUUAAAGAAGAAGAAGGGGGAUGGCGAUGGGACUGGGGAGACCAUGACUGUUACCGCCAAAUCUGCCCAAGAAAUGGGAAUAACAGGGGAAGCAGAGGAAAAGAGAGAGGUGCCGGUAGUGGUUAUGCCUAGAGGGUGGGAGGAGAUGUAUGGAGGGAGAGGGUAUACUGAGGAGGACGAGGUGGAAGUGGAGGGAUGGGGAUUGGAGAAGAGGAACGGGGUACCGGAUAUAAGCCCUUGUGGGUGUAUGUGGUUUUUGACGUGA